UAGCGAAAAGCUCGUCUCUGUGAGGUGCGUUAUAGCGAAGGGAUUUUCUCGAUAAGGUGCGUUACUGCGAAGUGCUCGUCUCUGUGCGGCCUCAGUUAGGUGCAUUACUACGGGGGGCUCGUCUUUCGUAAGGGUGUCAUCAUUAAAAUUUCACUAGAAGUUCUACCAUUCUAAGUCAAAAGCUCUAUAAGUCUAGCAGAACAGAGAACUAGAGUGGAAACGAAUAGUUCCCAAAAAAGGUGCGAAAGAGGGUACAAUGCAAGCCACACUCCAUCUGCUUUUGUUAUUUGUCGUGGUCGCAUCUAUUGAAAAGGUCAACGCAGCUCCGCAAGCAAAGUGGAGUACAUGGACCGUGUGUUCGGCAUCAUGCGGCAGCAGUGGGGUACAGUCACGUAAUCAAUUUUGCCCUUCGGGAAAAUGCGAACCUCCGGUUCCUGAUCCGCCACCAAGUGAAACUCGAGAGUGCAACAGAAACCCAUGCAAUCCGCCCACUACCCUGGGAACCGACCACACCACGCCCAGCAACACUACAGGCAAUAGGACUAAGGUACCAACCACUCCGAGGACCAGCGAGGGGGAGACGCCAACUAGCCUGGCAAAUGCGCCGAGUAAAAUGUCUUCGACCGAAGCCAGGGCCACCGAGGCAAAGAAGAUAUUGGCCCCUGGAGAAGAAGAUGUUGCUGAUGGCACGAUGACAGUCGAUCAGGAGUAUAAUCCAAAGCUUCAGGACAAGACCUCGAAAGAGUUCAAGGAGCUGCAGCAUAUCAGCAGUAAACUGCUGGACGACGCCUUAAGUGAGCUUGAAGACUACUUAAGGAAUGAGAUUAUAGAGUUCUUAAAAGGGAGUGUCGUAAUCAGAUACAGGAUUUACACCAGAAAGUCGUCCGGUUAUACCAGCAACAGGCUCUCAAACACUUUGAGUAACAGCAUAAGUUCUGGGAGAGUGUCCAGCCCGCUUAAAGUCACGUCUGUCACUGUCAAUUUAAUGAGCACCGAGCAGGAAGGGGAAACCGAGUCAAAAAAAGUUGUGAUUGUCGGCGAGCCCAUCGAGGUCUAUUGGUUCUUCCUGUUUGGCAUGGGCGCUAUGACCAUCAUGGCUAUAGUGUUCAUCGGCAUACGCAUCUUGAAGGGCAAGAUAAUGGAGAUGGUACCCAAACCGAAGGAAAGGGUUCAGGCCUGGGAAGAGAGCUCCAAAGUUCAAGCCUUUGGGUGUGGUGAUGAAAAAGGACACAAGUUUUGAAAAUCCGUAGGUCAGCGCAGGUCAAGUCUCUUGCCAGUUACAGACAAGUGUGACCGUGUGUGCGUGUGCGGGAGGGAGGGGGGAGGGGUGCUGCUGGAUUUGAGAUGCAGUGAAAGGGAUUGUUGGCACGACAGAACAAAGCUAGGAUUUCUGCCUUGACCAGUUACAAAGCCAACCAAUACAAUUCAUUAGGGUAGAAAGGCAGACUUGACAUGAGAAAGAGAACUUGUAUAUUCCUAGUCAGGCACAACCAGGACGUCAUAGCAGAUGUUUGUUAUCCACGUUGGGACCGGCCAAUAGAAGUCUAAUAGGAGGACAUUCGCUCUGACAUGAUGUUUAGUGAUGACUUCCAUGACUAUGCGCUGGGUACCAUUGUAGAGUAGUGGCCGCUCUGCAAUUUUAUGAUUUGCAAUUUUAGGACAAAGAGAAUCAAAAGCUUUGUAAAAAUAUAGCUUCCACCGCAAUAAUCCAGCCUCGAAUUAUACUAUGCCCAGAAAAACUAAGAUGCACUUUACUAUACGAGCCUGGGUUUGGGGAAUAUUCCAUGCGUAAACCAGCGAGAAUACAGCUGGAACUUAGAAUGAGACAAUGCAAAAACAAAUAUUUGGCCCAUUAUAUCCUAUCGACCAAAAACAAACCUUGUAAAUGCUUAUAGCAGUGAUAAAUCGAUAGCAUCGACGAUUGAUUCUGGAGUAGAUAAAAUCAAACUGCCCAGGAGCUGUUUCAUGAGACCACUUUCCCUUGCUGUCAAUCCACGAGCUCCUGGCAUUUUGAUUUGCAAUAGGUCGGAACUAGGCGAGGGAUAAGCCUAAGUCAGUAGGAUAACGAUGCAUUAUCUCUGCCCCUAUUCGCUUGCUGAACGCAGAGGCGUUGUCAAGGCAGGAGGUGGGUGCCACGCCCAUGCUGUUACGACCUAGUUUGUACAUAUGACAAAUUAAAUUAUAAACACCAAUUAAAUCUUC